AUGACGCGUCCUACUUCUAUGGUCGCGUUGCGACCCCCGUUCAACUAUGGCGCCGCCGAAGGUGCCCGUGGACUACCACGCCAUAGGAUGGCAUCGGCACGGACUCCAAAACCUCAUGUCAACACAGAAGUCAUUCCUAUUCACAAGCCCGUUGCCUCAGGCAGCGGCAUAACGUGUUCGAUUCUUAUGGCCGAGCCUAAUGUGUUUCUAUCCGGAUUCGAUCACGACGGCCGCGCGAGACGAGGGAACCGCCCUUCAGGUACGGCGCUGUUACGCGGAAAACUACAGCUUGUCGUGAGGAAGAACGUCAAAAUAAAGGCCGUUCAGUUGAAGCUAGUCGGGAAGACGAGGACUGAGUGGCCUGAAGGAAUCCCUCCUCUGAGGAUGCAGGAAUGGGAGGAAGAAUCGCUCCGGACACAGGUCCUCACUUUCUUCGACGCUACUAGCGACGGCUGGCAGACCGAGUACGGAAACCAGUGCUCAUUUUCGCUCGAAGAUGGAGCCGCGGAUCCAUCCACCACUCACGUUUCCCUCCGUUCAAUACCGCUCGCCCUUGAUUCUCCACCCUUCUCAAGACGCAGCGGCCUAAGCUCCAAGGAAUUGAAGAGACUUGGCUUGAGGUCUGUACGGGCCCGAAGUUUCGGCCAAGGAGACGCGCCAGUUGCCAGACCUGUCAGCAAUUCCAAGGGUUAUAAGGUCUUCCGUGCCGGCACCUACGAGUACUCGUUCGAACUGCCUAUCGAUCAUCACCAGCUCGAGACGACUAAGCUUCCCUUCGGAUCGGUUAAGUGGGAGCUUCAGGCCACGGUUGAACGCCACGGACCGUUUCGACCAAAUCUCCAUGGCUCCAAGGAGGUGUCCAUUGUGAGGGUCCCUGACCAACUCUCUCUUGAAACGACCGAACCCAUCUCCAUAAGCCGACAGUGGGACGAUCAGCUUCAUUACGAUAUCGUCGUAUCAGGCAAGUCGUUUGCCAUCGGCUCUAAGAUCCCGAUCGCCUUCAAGUUCACGCCACUAGCCAAGGUCCAAGUCUAUAAGAUAAGGGUGUAUUUGGCCGAAUCGAUAGAAUACUUCACAAACAACCGCAUGGUGACUCGUCGCGAACCGGGAAGGAAGAUCUUGCUUCUCGAGAAAACUGCCGGAAAGCCCAUGGACCCUACGCUUGGGGCUGUGCUGAGAACAACGAGCGGUGGCGAAGUUUCUUCGAGGGACCGUAGAUCACCUGCUCGAGAGACAGCUGUGACGAGGGGUUCGACUCGGCGAGGCUCUCCAUCGGCUUCACUGCCCGAGCAGCAGUCGAACAAUCUUUUGGGCGAUCUUGAUCUAGGUUUGGAGAACUUCUGGGGUCCUACGGAAAUCGAGGCAGAAGUUCAAAUUCCAACGUGCGAGAUGAUGAAGAAAGACAACAAUCUUAUCCUCCAUCCGGAUUCUAGCUGGAAAAAUGUAUCAGUCGAUCACUGGAUUAGGAUUGUCAUGCGUGUUUCUCGAGCCGAUCCCGAAGACCCUACAGGAAUUAAGCGCCGACACUUCGAGAUUAGCAUCGACUCGCCUGUCACCCUUCUCAACUGCCGCGCUACGCAGGCGAACACGAUCCUCCCCGAGUAUAGCGGAUUUGAUCGAGCUUCCUCGUACGUCCAGCGCGCCUGUGGAUGUGCCGACUCGGCGUCGCUCUCUCUUGGGGAUGAGCACGUGCCCAUCUCUCCACGAUUCCCCGUCGUGGAGACCCGAGUCCGCAAUCCCAACGGCAGAGCACGGCCACAUUCCGCUAUUGAACCGAUGGCCCACUCCCGUCCUAUCCACCUCAUCCGUGUGCCAUCGUUUGGCCCUCCGGACUUCGAUGCGGAUGAGCCACCCCCGCCUGUAGAUGAUCAUCUUAACAGCAUCGACGCCAGCUCUAUUCUCACACCACCGCCACGAUAUGAUACCAUCAUUGGCACCCCUAGCGUAGACGGACUUGCAGACUACUUUACACGUCUGGCAGCAUAUAGCUACAACAGACGGACAUCCGAUGAUGAUGUUGCCGUGGAGGAGGAUGAAGAAGAAAGCCCGGAGGAAGACGAUGAUGAUUCAGACAGCGACGACACGACGUUGGCCAUGGUCGGCCCAACCCGCCUCACCGAGCGAACUGGACGCGUUAAUGUCGUGAACCCCAGGACUCCGGGCGGCGGUCGGGUCCCAAGUAGGAGCUUGGAGAUUACGAGGCCCGCCGUGGACUUUAUUCUUGGGGAGCCGCCGCAGCGAGGAAAGGCGACUGGCGAAAGGGGCACAGCGGCCCCUUUAAACGAGUGA